UGCAAUGUUGCUGUUGUUUUUGCAUGUCUUAUUAUAACCAUUAUGUUCAUUGUACCUGUUUUCAUAGCCCAAGGGCUUGCUAAUUUGGCUCAGUUGGAGACCAUGCUACCCUUUUUGAGCGGCAUAUUAAGGAUGAAAAUCGUUACCCAAGUGGUUACAGGAUUUCUUCCGAGUCUCAUCCUUGAGAUGUUUUUAGUUUUAGUGCCACCAGUCAUGAUCAUGCUUUCUUCCAUUCAAGGACACGUUGCCCUUAGCCAGAUUGAGAAAAGUGCAUGUAUCAAAAUGGUAUGGUUCACCGUAUGGAACAUCUUCUUUGCCAAUGUGCUAUCCGGAUCAGCGCUAUACAAGUUUAACCUUCUUCUGGAGCCUAAAAAAAUUCCUGAACUAUUAGUCGUGGUUGUUCCUGGACAGGCCCUUCUUAACUUUUUUCUGUGA